AUGGCUACGGGCUUUGUCGGACUCUCGGUCGCAGUGACGCUUCGGAAUCCUCCUGGGGCUGUCUUGCUAGGUGUCGUGAGCGGUGUUGACCAGCAGACGGCCACCUUGACUCUCCAUGAUGUGUUCUUCCCAAGCUCCGGCCAUCGUCUUCCUUCAUACACCGUCGAAGGGCAUAUGAUUGCUGAUAUCAAGGUCAAUGCCUCUGCGCCCGCUCCUCCGCAACCUCCACAGCCGCCAUCCGAACCCCCGACAUACGCGCAAUACCCCCAGAGCCAUGUCCAAAAUGUCCGAGCAAAUGCUGCCCAGGAAAUGCCGCACCUUGUCAGCCAGCCAUCAUCCAUACCGCACGAUGACCAUUCCAUGAAUGCACGCAACGGCUCACGCCAGUCUAUUUCCCACUCGGUCCAGGCUGCGCCAUUCGUCGAUCCUGCGAUCCUGAGUAUGGGGAAGCGCACCAAUACUACAAUCUCUUCGAGUCAGCUUGCUGCAGCACCACCCCAGGAAGCUCCCGCCACACCAAUCACGGCUGUGGUUGGCGCGAGCGCUGCGCCUCUGCCCAAACCCACGUCUUCGUCUAUCAGUCAGGUGAAGCAUCAAAAUGUUCGGAAGCCAAGCGCAGCAACACUGGAAGGGCCUUUCUCGUCGCUGGACAUUGCAGAUGCGGAAGAAGCAGAUAAUGAGACAAGGACUGCCAGAAUCGCGCCGCGUAGAGCAAGCAUCAGCAAGACAAGAACAGGCAAGCCUAUGGAUGAUGUGAGCCCUCAGAAGAACGAUGACGGUGGUAAGAAGACUCGGAGGGGAGGCAAGUCUCGUAAGAAGGAAGUUGCGGCUCAAGAGAGAAAGAACGGGGUUGACUUCCAAUCUGCUGGUGGCAUCAAGAAAAGCAAAGGCAAUGGUUGGAGGAAUACGCCCAUGCUACAGGCUGCCGAGGAACCACAGACCAGGACACCUGGGGUUAUUGGUGGGAGGGUUGGUAUCGCAGCAGCGAACGCCUCGAAUCGUAAGACGAAACGGCAGCAAGCUCUUAAUGCUACCAACGGUUGGGCUACCGAGGACGCGACCGACAUCCAAGACCUGCCCGACUUCGAUUUCCAGAGUAAUCUCUCCAAGUUCGACAAGCGCACUGUAUUCAAUCAGAUUAGGAAUGAAGAUACAACAGCAGACGAGGAUCGCCUAGUCAGCUUCAACCGUCUAGCGAGGCCUGGAACACAUGGUGGAAAAAACUUGCAUCCUUCAGAAAAUGUGCUGGAUCGAAAGCUGAAAAGCACAACCAACACAAGUUCUGAAGAGGAAUCGGAUUUUGGCAGCGGACGAAACUCCAGGCGGGCAAUGUCAAGAGCUUCUAUCAAACGAGCACCCACACGACAAGGCAGCAGUGUUCAAGCCGACAUGGACGUAAUGGGCUCAGGGGUGCUUCCACGAGGUAACCGUUCAUUCAUCAAUCGGCCCUAUGCUUCCUCACACGCCACUGGUAGUCCCAGGCCUGGCCGCACCGCUACGCCUCCAGACUCACCCGCUGAGUCUAAUGCAGCAAAAGGUUGUCUGCGUCUGGUCCCGAAUAACCGCAAAUGCUUUGCUAUCACACCAGGAGGCAUGUUGGCGGUUGAAGAGACUGCCGAAGUAGAGUUUGGUCUGACUGAAGAGCUUAUUGCAGAAAAUUCAGGAAGAGGUAUUGCUGAAGUCGCCCUCACAGCGAUCAAUCCCGGUGGUAGAAGACUGGCGCGCGACAAUCCUAAUGCCAAUCCUGUCAUAGUCGUUCUCGCAGGCAAUCACCGUGGUGGAGCACGAGCCAUAGCAGCAGCACGACAGCUCGCUCAGCGUGGACCAAAGGUCAUGGUUGCACUUCUUGGUUUCGAGCGCAAUGCCGAUUGGGAUAAGGACAUACGGCGGCAAGUUGAUAUGUUCCGAAAAUUCGGUGGUUCAGUUCGUGCAUGGAAAGAUACUGAAGAAGCUCUCAAGCGCCUACAAGCACCACCUGAACUGAUUAUCGACGCUUUACUCGGUCGCCACAAGGAAUUUGAGGCUCUGGGCGACGAAGAUCAGCGCGUUGUCCUGAGUAUCGUAGGCUGGGCGAACAAGUCCCGCGCUGCCUGUCUAGCCGUGGAAACCCCAUCAGGUGUGGGUGGAUCCACUGGUGAAGUAUCCAUCCUCGAAGGCGAGCCUCUCGAAGUCCGUGCAAAGUAUAUUGUUUGUCUUGGUGCACCACGAACGGGGCUGUUGAAGGCGCUCCAGCACGGUGCUGGACGCGAUCCGAAAUGGCUCAUCUGGAUCGUGGACAUUGGUGUAAACAAGCCCUGGCGUAAUGCUGGUAUCAGUGGUGGCAAGGGGAUCAAGUUUGGCGAGCAUUGGGUUGUCCAGGCGAGGUUCGAAGAAGGGGCGGCAGCAGAAGGUGUUGCGAGGGUUUAGAAGCGAGCAAAGUGGAAAUGACAUUGUCCGCCUUAAGCAACCGCCCUCGGGUCACCGGACUAUGCAUUGCGCGGGCGCUUUUUCUGUCUUUUGGUCAGCUCGGGUGGCGUUAGUUCGCUUCUUUGUUACCUGCUUGGUUUGUCAUUAGAGGGUCCAGGAAAGGGGUGUCAAAAAAUAUUUGGCCUGUAUUGGGGCUUGUAUAACAAUUUGCUGACGGAGGGCCACGUAGGUGUGCCUCAAGUAGAAUGCAAUAAUUCAAGACAUAAAGAUUGAGCGA